CGAAAUUCAGAACGUGUUUUUCUAGAUCUACUACACUGGAGUCUGCCCUGGCGUACAAACGUUAUCAAUAGUAUAUUUAUUUGGCUUCUACAGCUUGAGGAUAAAUGUGGUUCUAUGCGAUCUCAUAGCAACUAAUCUGUGCUUGCGAGUUAGGUAUUUCUAUACAAAAGUAUGGCUGACGGCUUGGAGAUUCUUAGCUAACAUACAAGCCUAUAAGCAUCACCAGCAGGUGAUGCGGCGUCAAUGAAGACACGGUUCAGGAACUAUCCGUGUGAAACGACAUAAGGCGUACUAGCUGUGUAGUGAGUCAUGCGGUGCAGCAAGUCCAUAUGGCUUCUAUGGUUCUAAAUUACCACACAAAAGUAACUUCAAGGCUUAUUUGACGCGACGUCCCCCAGAAACUACAAGCUCAAAAUGAAAAACUAACUCGUAUCUCAACAACGCUAAAUGAUCGUUGAUGUGGUAAGAAAAACGUCCGACGUCAGUUUAUUAGCACGCAGGAAACACUGAAACAACCAAUGGACGCGAGGAACAAGCAACGGCGGGAUAUCAAGGUGUUCGGAUAUUAUGACCUGACAGGUCCGUAUGAUGUCGUACGUUAUGUACAGGAGAAAAAAGUGACUGUGGAAAACUCGUUUGACUUUAUUGAUAUUGAAAAGACCCUCACUCAGGUAUCUCAAGGUCAUCACGGCUCUGAGAUUAACUUUCAGACCGCGAGUCUUUCAUUGGACGCCUCAUCAAAGGUUUACGGCCUACGGGUAGAUAAUCUUCACAAUUUACUUUUGCAACUCAGAAAUAGCUUUCGCCCAAAAACAUGUGUAGUUCCUGAUACAGAGUGUGAAUCAAGGACAUCGCCAAAAAUAGAGAUUCGUAAAGAACCUCACGCGAGCAAAAGAAUUCGGAGUAACUAUGUUGAGCCAGAUUUGUUGAAGACGACAGGUGCGAUUGAUGUCAACUUAGACAUGAACGAUUUUUGCGGGAAAAUCUUGCUUGAGGUCAGCGGACAAGAGGGCAGCAUGGGUCGAAUAAUGAGCUUCCUCCCGCCAGCAGAUAUGCAUCCAAUCGAUAUCACGCAGCAAGAUCAUUGGUUCGAGGCGGGUGUCAUGGAGGACAUGCGUACGCUCCGACCUUUACCUGAUAUACCAAUAGGUCUGCCUAUUUCGCGGUUGCUUGAGACGUUUAGCAUGGAUCUUCAAUCAGGCAAACAUUUUUCUCAGGAAAGUCUCCAUACGUCCUUGGAACAGGACAGCGAUAUUCGUAAAUACAAGUUCGACCCAGAUGCCGAUAGUCUCUCUACGAAAAGAACAGUACUUUACGGCGAUACCAUUCAAGAAACCCAGGCAUCCAAUCUGGCAGUUCUGAAGGUUAUAAAAAAGGAGAAUUCCGAGAUCAGUGUGCCUGGUGAACGUUUUACGAUCGAUGGGACCCCCAUUAGAGCAAUAGAGGCAAGAGGUCGACCGCGUAAGUUCAUCGACCUGCCGUUUCUUCCGUUACUGGAGAGGAUGACGCAGCCAGGAGAUGAACCUGAAUGUAAACAGGCCCCAGAUUACAAUCUCUUUAAUGCGGCCGUGCUUUCGCUUGCCCCAAGCAGCAUUCGGCUGUCGAAUGCCACGUUGACCAAGUGGACAAGCAAUUGCAAAAAGCUUCGACACCCAGAUCCCGUCGAAAUCCGUGACCUCACGUUUGAUAGCGUCGUCGAACGUUUCUCGUCUCUGUUUUUCCUCGAGUCUUAUAAGGUUUCGAUACAAGAAUUUCCCGACGGUUCUGCCGCAAAGGUGGACGCUCCUGAUAUUCGUCUAGUUAAAAGAAAGUGUAGUGAACCAGAGGAGUCUAAAUUUACCGCUGAAAUCAAGUCUGAGUCCCAAGUAGCAUCUUCUAGUUGGCCCCUGGACACAAAAAGUACGCAGGAACCCGAAUGGUCCCAAACGAUAGCCCCAGACCUAAUGACUACCGCUAUUUACCUAGGUCACCGUACUGCGCAAAAGAAAUUCAACCUUAAGCAGAUGUGCCAAGCAAUGUGGGAUAUUUUCUUAAUUUCGAACAGUAAAAACGAUGUGCCAGUGGGAGAUAAGGGCAGCAAGCAUCUGCUUUCUCACUUAUACAUCGCCAUACAGCCCACGUUAUCACCAGAUAAUCGCAGGGCUAUCAACCCCCAGCUGGCUUUUGUUGCGCUGCUGUCAUUAGCCAACGAGGAAAAAUUGAAUUUGGUGCCUAUAGAUGAGGUUGACGUAUGCAUUUCGCAAAUGGUUAUAGCAGCGUCCUCUAUUCCUUUGACUUUUGAGCCAGUAGAAGCGCAUUCUAGGAGUAAAGGCUUCAAAAGAUCUGGCCUUCAAAGAAACAAACUAAAAUCGAAACGUCUUCGCCUCACUAAUGAAUCAGUGGCGAAUAGCUAUGGUUGAACGAUACUCUCAGUUCGUUGCUAUAUUACUAAUAAUACAAACGCCGUUUACAGACCGCACUAGCCGUUAGUCAGUCUCGGUCUAUGGUAACAUUCAUGGUACUAAAUAGAUGGCAUUCGUUUUGAACAUAGAAAAAAAACGGAUUCUCUACUCUGAUUGUAAGAUUUUUUAAUUGUAGUUAUUUAUUGAACAGCGAUAAUUUACACACAGACUGCGCGGAGUUGUUCGUGACCGUUUCGUUCUUUGACGUCUCUGAUUAUUGUAUGCGAGCAAUGCGAGUUCAACCAGAAGCGUCAAGUUCUGCGCAUAGAGAAAAAAUAUUAUUUUAUUUUAACCACACAUACACACCUUUUCAAUAUUAUCUGUACUUUGUUCAAGAGAUGGUAAAGCUUAUAGAUCUGCUGACGACCUAAGAAACUCAAAAAAGACAAAUACUCGCGUAACCAAUAUAUAUAUAUACCCUAAUCGAGGAACGAAAUAAAGUGAGCACAUUGUAUUCAAGAUUUAGGUAGAUCGUUUCUUUCAUUACAGAAGUAUGUUAUUGGGAUGCUUUAGGUAAAGUACACAGGGGGUGUUUUCCCUCUCGACUCAGGAGUCACUAGUCCAAGCUCUAUAUCUUCGUCAUGGGGAAUGAAGGUAAAGACAAUUUUUAAUGAGCAUGUAAGUGUUGGAUUAAUAAAAAGAUUGUUCCUCAUUAGAAACGAUACAGACACAUCUGACUUUAGAGCUGUUGUUGUGUAUUAUAUCUGGUCGCUGCCAACGAUCUCGUCCCCAAAAUCGUUAUAUCGUAGCAAAAAUUGCAGGUUUACUUCCCCCAAAAAAUUCGUAAUAUCGAUUACGCAGGAAGGCAACCGACUGAUGAACUUACAUGUCACUAUGUGUGUCAUUAUGACGUUCAUGUGGUAAGCACCCUAUAGCGGAGUCUGCGUCAUAAACCGAACCCUGACUAGCUUUACAUUGACUAAACUAUCUUUCCUACUUCCCUAUAUUUUCCGUUAUUUUUGCAAAAUACGCAAUUUCGCACUUCUAAAAAAACAACGAAACGGCUUAAGAAAGGCGAAAAGUUCUCUCAGAAUGACUUGCUUCAGUAGUACGUUGUGGUUGCAUUUUUUUCUACCAUUUGAAAUUUUCAUUACCUUCACUUCUUAACAACAUCGGUACGCCAUCUGAUAUUUGCACGAGACGUACUUGGUCGUCCAGCAUUAUUCCACAGCUUUUUUAAUCGCACGUGUGUGCCUACAUAUGUUUUUCCCUCUUUUCCUUCUCACUUAACCGCAAUCAUCGCAAUGGGCGAUAUGGCUCAACCGAUCUGAGAUUUCCCCUGUCAUUCGGAUAGUGAAACAAGUGUACGUGGGUAACAGAAUUAGGACUAACGGACUGCCGCAUCGGUACGAGUAGGAACGACUAACAAAGCACGACCCGUAUCAGCAUCUACUAUCGCAUUGUCUUCAAAGGGCGCUCGUUUCGAGAACAGCCGGUGCGGUUCGUACGCCGAGCAAAUACGGAUUGCACGAUUGCUGUCGCUACUAGCCCACCAAUCGACAUCGCUGCUGCGUCAUGGAGCUUGACGCGCUCAGCACUCCUAGCUGAGCCUCUGCACCUCCGAAAGAUUUCACGUCUCAGCUCGAGCUGACGCUGACAAAAGUGCAAGAGAAACACAGCCACUACGGGACGGUAUCUUGGAAGAGGACGGCUUGGGAAACGCACAACGUCGGGCGGCUCCUCGGAGGACACUACGGAUUAAUGGUUCCCGCUAGCCAUCUAUAAGUAUUAAGUCGAAACGGGUUUGACGAGGACCGCGAUGGCCAU